AUGGAUCAUGUGCUCGUGCUAUUGGAAGCUAGUGGUACUGCAUUCAUCUUGUCCAUCAGACAGCCGCAGAGAGACGAUAUCGCCCAUGUGAAGUUCUCCAGCGCUCGGAGCAUUGCCAAAGCCCCCAACGGACGCAGCUUGGCCAUCUUGCAACGAAACAAGGGACAAGACCAGGUAACCCUUUUGGGCAUUGACAACGAUCACAUCUCGGUCCAGUCAAGCUUCAACAUCACGACCUUUGAUGCACAAGGACUGUUAUUCUCCCCGAACAGAGAGCCGGUCCUCGCCGUCUGGGACUCGGCCGCGCACGGAAUGGUUGUCAACUUCUUCUCUUCGAUGGGCCACCCUUUGAAGCAGCUCGAUCUUGGGCCUUUCGGAAUCUCCUCUGGUCUUGACGGUCUUGGCUUAUCGAAGCUCCAGUGGACAACUGGUGAUGACGAUACGGUUUUGAUCGCCUCGGACGGCAGCAAGCAAGUCCUGGUCAGGCGCCAGCAGAAUAGAACAAUGAGUGUGCAGGAUCUCGUUAUUUUGAAACAUCCGACUGUUAUCGAUGGAAGCAAGUCAAUCCUCUGGCAGCAGAACAAUGUCGAUGAGUUCUCAUUGCAAAAGGGCGCCUUCGACGCUGUCCUGGACCCUGCAGCAGGAGGAGAUCUCACAGCUCUCGAAGUCAAUGCCGACCAGACCUUUUUGGCUACAACGGUCGCUGACAACCCUAAAGCAGUGUGGCUAUGGCAAUCAGAGCAUCCGGACGCGCAUUCGAUCAUCGUCCUUAGAGACCCUGUCCGCCAGCUGCUAUGGCAUCCGCGACAGCCGAACGUUCUUGCAAUCGCAACCACAAGCAAAGCCCCGAAGCUCAUCGUAUGGUAUUCGGAGACCAGGCCGCCGGCGACUUGUCAGAUUCCAGUCUCCAGUGUCGUCUCUUCAAAAUUCGAAUUUUCUUGGGUCGGAGGAGCUUUGCAGGGAAGGAAUCCAAUUGUGUUGACCACCACCAAGGCAAUCAAUGUUGGUCUCUUGAGCGAGCAAGAGGGUGACAUUAGAUUCCAACCCCUGUUACCGGAAGUGAACUUUGGUCUCGACGAGGACGACGAUAUGACCGAGCUGUCGACACCGAGCAAGCCUGGUAAGAAGUCCAGGGACUUUGUUGAUACGUCAAUGUGUCGCCCCAAAUUUAGAACAAACCGCCUACCCUUUCCAACGUCCAAAACCCUCCCAAAACCAAUGGGUUCGGCUCCGACCACACCACCCAGCCAGAUCCUGGCCGACCCUAGCAAAGGCUCUCCUCCGGACGCUCCUCGCACUGCCAAUCACACCGAUGCCGGCAUCCGAAGCCAGCUUUCGCCAACCAUCGUGAGGGCAGGCAGGAUGCAUGAUCCUUUCGUCAGCCUCGAGAGUGAAGAGGAGGAGGAUGAGGAGGAGGAAGACGAGGAGGACGACAAUGGUGAGCAUAGGGAGAGGGAGGAGCAGGAGGCGAAGAACAAGGAUGAUGGCGCCAAGUCCAACUAG